UCUUCAUAGAGCCCAUACGAUCACUCUCCUUAACUCCACGACCGUUGACUGACGCUGCAGGGAUGGAGGGACGUGUGACGGUUCUCUUAUUACUCCUUUUAUGCGUGAGUAGCAAUUAUGGGUCCCAAGAUUCCAAUUUCAACCAAGAUUCCAGUUUAAAGCAAAAUUCAAGUUUUGAUCUGACUCAUUUUAACCGCCAAGGGGUCCAGCCUCUCGGGUACCCAUGCCCGGGCGGAAAUGACAUCAAGCCGUGUGUCUGCCUCAGCGGCGGAUUUAUGAUAAGAGAUCUGCAUUGCUCAGGCGUGGCCAACGAGACUCAGCUAGCUCAAGUUUUCAGUGCCAAAUUCCCUUACCGCCACUUUCGCUCCCUUGUGAUGGUGGACAACGCUGGUGUGAAGGAGCUGCGGGCGGGCGUGUUCGGUGAUUUAACGUUCCAGGAGCUGCGUCUGGUGUCCGGCUCGCUGGAGAGGAUAGAGGCCGGGACGUUCGCUAAAAGCCACAACACGCUCAACCUGAUGCAUUUCUAUUAUAACAAUAUCCACGACUUCCCCUUCGCAGAGCUCGCCUCCUUCACCAAGCUGCGGGAGGUGAGGCUUUACGGCAACAAGUUCUCUCUCCUGCCACCUCUCACGUCCCUCUCGAUGGAAAUCUUCAGCAUUGGAUAUAACCCGCUACAUGUCAUUAACGACACCACCUUUGCCGCCACACCUGCCUUACGAGAGCUCCACCUGUACGGUGUCAACCUUACCGAGCUACAGCCAGGAAUAUUUAGCAAGCUACCUAACCUCUCUUUCCUGAGUUUGAGAGACAACCACCUCUCCAAUCUUCUUGACGCGACUGUGACUCUGGGUGGAGUGGAUGGUGGCCAAGUGUACCUGCAGAACAACGACCUUACUUUCGUCGCUCCUAAUGCCCUCACAGGUCUUGGCGGAGGCUGUGUGUACCUGCAGGACAAUGCGCUGAUGGAGGUGGCAGAAUUGGCUUGGCGGCCUUUGCUUGAAGCCAACGUCACCCUCGACCUCAGAAGAAACCCCUUAUCGUGCGGGUGUGAGGUUGCCUGGCUGGUGCUGGAUCCAACUCUUCUAAUCCGACUUGACCCAGACUCAACGUGUCAGGACGGGCAGAGGCUAACUGACCUCGACCCUGCGAUCUUCGAGGAGUGCUGAUCAGCCUUACUUAUUCUUGCACUUACCUUGUAGAGUUGUGGUCAAAAGUCUGUUAAGACACUUUUUCAAUUUUUUUCAGCAUCUGUCUUAAGUCUUUUUGCAUGUAAGAAGGGCACUGGUCUAGGCCAAAUAAAAAUAUCUGUUGAGGCGCCAGUUCUUAAAGAAAUGCUAAGAUGGAUAAUCCAAAACUAGAGGGUAAAUAACUUAACAUCUUCUCCU